AAAGUUGUGCUGGAGUGUCGGUGUGUUACCCCGAAGUAUGAGUCAUCACAUUUUUAACAGAACUCAUUUUCCAAAGCACAGCUGAUAAGGAUUUACGAUUAAAAAUACGUUUAAGAAUAUAGUUUAAAAAAGAAAAAGAAAAGCAACUUUUAGCCAUAAUCGAAUGUCAAGCAAUAAUAUAUGUCUUGUGUAUUAUUUUUGAUUAUUUUGUGCAUAAUAGUCUUUGAACAUCUGCAUGUAAAUACACCUUUUAUUUAUCAACUUUUGGUUUACUUUGUGUUGAUUUUGUGGAUGUUUUUAUGUUCCAUCUGUAUAUUUGACUAGUUCUGUUCCCAGGUGGAGAACGAAGAACGUAUUUUUUCACUCUUUCUCUCUCCCUCAUUCUCAGCCGUUUAUUCACCAUAUUUAAUGUUAUUAUUGAUCACAUGUAUAAAGGUAGCUUUGUAAUUUCUGUCUGUAUAGAUAAGAGGAAAAUACUGCUACUAAGGCCUACCCAGUGAAACUAUUUAUCUGUUUAUCAAUUACACCAUAUUGUACGAUAACUCUCUAGUUUCCAGUUUGCUUCCCUCCUUUAGGAUUAGUUUGAUAGAGAUAGGGUGUGCUGACAUUUAUUUUGUGUUGCCCUGAUGUGUGGUGCUAGGUAAGUUCAUUUUGUGAGCGAAGUAUUGAUUCCUAAGCCUGGCCGCCCUAUUAGUCUGUUAAUUUCAUUGCAUAUUAAUGUAUUAUUGAUAUUAGGACUCAAUAAAUGAUAAUGAUAAUAAAAAUGAUAGUGGUAAAAUGACCCGGGCGGUACCUGUAUCAGUGUGCUAGUCUUGGGAUAAGGCACUUAUUUCCUUCUGACUUAUAGCAAAGCUAGUAUCUGCUAAUUAACAAACUAUUUAAGGUUACUUUUACGGUUUGUGGAAAAAUGAUAAUAUUCAAACUGAAACAGCAGUAUUGUGUUUUUUUCUUUGUCUGAUUGUAAAAACCACUCACUGAGGCUAUAGUUUGUCAGGUUUUAAGAUACUAAAUAUUUACCUCUCUUUGUGUCUGCAUAGUUCUCUACCUGAUGCAGGGAAGUGGUGCUUGGAUUUUAUUAAACAGAGCCUCGGUAUGGUUUUAUUAUUCCCCAUUUUAGACUAUCCUGAAACUGGUUUCUUCAGACCAGUAGCGUAAACCUCUUGCACCACAUGAAGUGUUACAAAUUUACAUGAAAAAAAAUCGCCAUUUGAGGACAAAGUUGACCUUUUCUCUCCACUCUGUAGCAAAUAUCAGUGAGAAUAUGCUUGCAAUAAUACACAACGUAUCACACUGAGUGCCUCUCGGUGUAACAAGAUGCAUACAUGGUUUUGAUUGUCAUUUUUUUGUGGUUUUACAGACGUGUACUUAAGUGACGAUGUAUUUUGUACAUGAGGAUGAAUUCUCAACUCUCACAUGCUUCAAAUGUUUUUCAGAUUCUUAUUUCAUGUGAUGUUAAUCAUUUUCACAUGGGUUGACGCGCUUGAUGUUAAAGGGUUUCAAUGUGUAGAUGGUCCGUUUAGAGUGUACAUGUCGCCCCUUACCUCGUUUUUUGAGAAACGUAACUGGGAAGUUUGUUUCAUGUUGAUCUUGAAUGGUCAAAUAAAUGCUUGCAGACAGAAGAGUUCACCUUUCUUUGAUCAGGCAAAAACUAACAGGCAACCCACAUUUCUUCAAUUUCUGUUUGUUUUAUAUCGACUCUUUUUUUAAUUUCAUUGAGAUUUACUAAUGCAUUGUAUAUCAAGUAGUUGUAUGUGUUUGUAAAAGAGGCAUACAACACAUCUGGAUUUCUUUAAUGUUCUGUGUUCAAUGUGCGCUCAGUCGGUUGGGGUAACUUAACAUGAAGGGUGGGUGGAGCAGGGGUGGAUUCUUUUUCCAUGCAAAAGCAGUGCAAAUUAUGGGAAAGCCGAAACUAGUGUGUGGUUGUCACAAAUUUCUAAGUCACACGUUUGCUACUGAUGUUAAACUGGGGACAGAUGAUCAUGUACCUUUUUAUCCAGCUCUUUUGAACUCUCUUUAGCAGGUAGUCUAUUCACAAACGUAGUUUUGCUCCUUCUUGUCUGAUUCUUAAAUAUGAAAAUAAGUAUUUUGAUUCAUUUUGUAAAUACAGCUGUAAAGAAAAAUAAGAAAUUUAAUGUUGUCUUUUAAAUACUUUUCAUUCUAAUAUGAAUGUUGUUAUAUUGUACUUAGAAACUGUACCUUUAAUAUUACCUUUAUUAAAAGUGCAUUGGACACAUCGAUUUUAGAUGUGCUUUAUGUGCUGUUAUCCCAUAAUAAAAUUUACCGCUUGUAAUGGGCUUUUAUUUCCUGACUAUUUAUCCGUCUCUGUUGUCUGCUCUCUCUUUGGCUCACUCUUUUCAACCAAAUUAAUCAAAUUGUAUAUUUUUGAUUCACAAUCAUUUUAUCAGGCCUAACUGUUUGAAUUAGUGUUUCAAUAUUUUGCCUAAAUUUGUGCAACUGGCAAUGAAAAUCUAAAUAAAGGUAUGCCAAUACUUUAACCACACACUAAAAAAUACUAAGCAACCUUAACAGUCAACAUUUUUUUAUUUAAGACAUAUAACAUCUCUGGGUUAUUACAUAUUAAGAUGCAAAACCAUUUGACCAAUAUGAUAACUCAAUUGUGGUCAUGACAUAUCAAAUUUAAAUUCAGACAAUGUUCUUGUUACAUGAUUCAUCAGUCAAAAUGUGUUGAUUAAUGAGACUGAGCAAUUCUUUCCAAUUACAAAAUUAUGAAACUAAUAUUCCCUGCAAGGCAUUUUAACGUUUCAUCUCAUUUUCCUAUCUAACCUUGGACAUUUUGAUAACGCAAAAUGAACUGCAAUAUGAUACAUUUGAGGAAAAUAAUUUAAAGUGGACACAAAUCAUACCUUAAAAUAUUUGCAAAGAUGUCAGAAUUUUAUCAUUGACCAAAUGCAGAAGAAUAGCAAGACCAAUAGGAGGGUUUGAGCCAUAUAUGUACAGAUAAUGCCCAUGAUGCUAUUGUUUCUAAAGCUUUAUAAUUAUUUGUUAUAUUAUAUUUAUUAUAUUGUUCAGCAAAACAAUGGUGGAUGUACCCAAGGUAAAUGCCUGAGCCAGGUGUGGAUAUGAGCAUUAAGGGUGAAAAAUGCAAGAAAUCAGGCCUGUUUAGAAAGUGUCUGUUCAGAGACAAGAUACUGACUGCAGCAAAAAGGGCCUUUCAUAACUUUAAGUAAAAAUAAUUACUUUAAACAGACAUUAGGACACUGUGUCCCGCUGAGACAUACAGUGCUGGUGGUUCGGAACACAAUGGGAUGUCAUCAACUCUCUUUCAGAUGAGCUGGAGGAGGACGGUUAUUGAACACCUUAGUCAAGGUACAGAGAAGGAGGUUCUUGUUUCAGGGACCUGUGUUUACAUCAUAGGUUUAAAUGCACGAUAAAUAAACUAUCGUCAAUGUCCGGAAGGGGCAGCAAAGCAUACGGAGCGCGUUAUGUCUACAUAAUUUCACCAGACGAAGAAUGUCACCUGUCAAACGUUUGUUAGCUGGCUAACGCUAACUCGUAUAUUUACAGUUGCGUCAUUCUUAAGGACUGCUUGUUAGUAUUGACCACAAUGGAGCUGGUAUGGGAGGACCUUCCAGUCCCUGAGGCUCCUUUCUUUAUCAGAGACCUCUAUGACAAAUAUUCACUUGCACCUAAUAUCAGAGAACUAUGGACCUUUCUCCAAAGUCCAGUGGAGAACAAUAAACAGGGAUGUGGGACUGCAAAGGCCUCCGGCCCUCCUUCCACAAAAGCAGCUGCAGAGUUCAAAGACAACGGUUGCAUCAGAAAGGAUGAGUUGGAUGGCUGUGAUAGUGAUGAUCCGCGUGUAGACAAUGCUGCUGGAGUUACAGAAGAAUGUAAGGAUACUAAAAAAUCCAGAGUGAAGCUCAAGCAGGUUGAGAAUGAGACGGUUGCUGCUUAUCCUGAACCCAGACUGCCUAUGCCGUUUAUGUCCAGCCUGUCCAGCAACGAACAGAAGACGUAUCUUGGCAUUUUGAUGAGUAAGAAAAUAACAGAUCCUCCACAGAACUUGAAGGCACGGGUAAACAAUGAAGUGAUGCAGUUCAUGAGGUACCUGCAAGAUGUGGCCAAAAUAUGUGCAAACGACUACAACUUCAUAUCACAGGGAGCUAUGCAAUAUUCAGAGGAGUUCUUCAGGGGGUGUUUGGAGCACAUUCAGGCAUUUCCUGAGCUCUAUCAGAUCUAUGAGAUGACUAGUUUGACAGGCGGAACAUUCAACCCAGGCCUGAAGCUGACCUUUGAGAAACAGCUGCUGAUCAUGGGCAAUGUGGAUAUUACAGACCACAAGAUGGUGCCUGCUGAUGCACAGCUUGCAUCGGAUUAUCAGAGUGUUUCAUCAGAGAAUCCUCCAGCUAAAAAAGCCAAGGACAUGCACGCUAAAAUCAGCACUGAUAGUAAUGCCGAGAGUCUGUCUGCCCGCUAUGAGCCUGAAGUGUGCCUCACUCGAGAUGCCCUCGUCAGGCUGCUAGACAACCAUGGCCCUGACUUUGGAGAGCAAUGGGAACUGCCCGUUUGUGUCCAAUCAAACCCAGGAAAAGGCAGCAGUCAGAAGAAGAAGACGACUGUGUACAUAGACUCGCCCCUGCUGCAGACUAAAGUGACAGUACGAGAGAGGUCACAUAUCUACCACGAGGAGAGUUUGAAGCUUUCCAUCAAGAAGAACGGCAGUAAAAAUGUGUUCCAUUUAAUGACGGAGCUUCCUGAGGAUCACCAGCAACUCCACGCCGAGAGGUCACAAAGAAACUUGGUGUCUUCUGGAAACAAUGGUCUUGACUUUGAGGUGGACCUCGCUGACCUGGAAACAUUUGGAGAGGCGCCCUCCAUUAAAACCCCCAAGAUGCAGAAUGCAUGUGUUAAAAGUUCAAACGCUCCAAGUUCCCCGCCUUUAGCUAAGACGAAAAAGUCCAGUGAGCAUCUUGUAAACACUAGCAGCAGUUCACAAGAAGAGAUGGACACCGCAUCGACAGAUGUGAAUGGUCCCGUGAAAGAGGAGAGUGAGUCCACUGCCCCCAAAAAUGAACAAAUGAGGUCAGACACUGCUCAACAAAGUGACGAAGACCUACCUUUUAUAGGAGACUCGGAUGAUGAGAAGCUGGUCAUUGAUGACUCGGUGUCUCCAGCUAGCGCACGGACCACGUCACGCUCUGCAGACCCCCCGAUAAUCCCCGUCUCCGAGUCUGUACUUAUAAACCCUGAGUCAGCGUCCCCUCAAAAAGGUACGAAGCAGAGGCGACAACUCAAAAGAGCAAACGUAUCUGGCGACCAGCUGGGUGAGAUCCUGCGCAUGCAGACUGCCAUGUUCAACUCUCCCAGUGACGCAGCCAAAGGCUCCACCAUAUCCCAGGAAACCAACUCACCCACCCGAUGCACGGGACCCUCGGUUCACUCCCACACAGUGUCUCUGGUGAAGCCCUGCGUGUCCUCAUAUUUGGAGAGAAACCAGAACCAGGAUGGAGAGACCUGCGUAUCUGCACCAGUGGUCAACAUCACUACUACGGAGCACAGAAAAAUCCUGUCGCAAGACCUACAGGCUGGUACUGAAGAUGAACAAGACUACCAGGCUCCAGAGGAAGGAAACCUGCUCUAUAAGCUCUACAGUCUGCAAGAUUUGCUGCUCAUGGUGCGCAGCUCUGUCUCACUGACCCAUAACAGAAAAGUAGGCCAGAACAGCCAAAACCAGUUUGUGCCAGUGCAUGUCUUACCCAAGCUGGAGUACCAGUUGAAUUAUGGUGUCGAGUGUCUGAGCAGCAGCGAGGCUUGCCAGCUGUGGACUGAGACAUUGCUCCACUCCAGCACUGUAUCCUACAUAGCUCACAUCAAUGCGCACACAUCAAAAGUAGCUCUGCUGAGAAAGCUGCCUGACGACUGGAAACAGAACGUCUCCUGUGGCUUCAAGCCAUCGAAGUCCCUGAAUAUACUGCACCACCUACUGAAGAAGCUAACUGGGUUAGAGGAAGGACAGUACCUGAUUGCGCACAAGGCAGGGGAACCAUUCGUGACCUUAUUAAAAGCGGCUAAUGGGAAAGUGAGUCGGGGGGCAUACAACCUGCAGCAGCUCCACAGCUCAGUGCCCCAGCCCCCAGCGUCCGGCCUCGUGCCCUGGAUACCUGUUGAUCCAGCUGUGGUCCUGCCCUUCCACCACAAACAUGGCCGUGUCCCCUGCACCUUCCCACCAAAAGCCUUCAUAAAGACAGCGAAAGAUGGGGCAUCGCAGUCCAACAGCCAUGGAGCUGGGCAGUCACCGAACAAAUCCAAUGCAGGAGGCAAGAAGAAGAAGAAACAAAAGAAACGUGCAGCCAGGCGUAGCAAGUAUAUAAAAAAGCUACUUCAGAAUUCCAUUUAAGUCCUAUCAUUUCAUAUCGGGUGAGUCAGAUGAGGAGUUGGACCUGCACUGCCAAGGAAAGGAGAGGAAACAAGACCACUUAUUGAAUCUGGUUUUCAUACUGGAAAUACAUUAUGACCUUAAACAUAAAAUGUGAAUUCUGAAGCACUUUGAGAGUACAGAAAAUAUACCUUUUUUUUUUUAUAUUUUAAUUUUGUUCAGAGACAUGUAUAUUUUGUUAAUCGUUGUGUUUUGUGAAAACAAUAAACUUUUGUGGAAGUAUCCAUAUGGGGUAAAGUUACUGUCUUCACAUCUUUAUAAC